UUUAUCGACUUUGGAUCCAAUAAAUCGAAUGUUUCCAUCGUAUUAAUAAAUUCGCAGACUGGACUCGGUAAAUCCCGGAUUUAGGAGCACGAUGGAGACAUAAUCUUUGUAACAAAAGCAAGAAAUGGAACGGUUCGACAUCCGAUUGGUGGUUAGAAAAACAUGGAGACCAGUGAUCGAUCAAAAAGUUGUUCAUCCUACGUUGACACGACUUCAAGUAGUACGUAGAACAAUUUCGGUAGUAGUUUUUUACAAUGCAGUUUAACUAAUUAACUGGAAAUGGUAUAAAAUAUUUCUUUCUCUCAUAUUUUAACCUUCAAAACAUUAUAUAUAUAGCUACGAUACUACAUGUAGUUACAUGUUUCAUUGGACCAGCUGAUCCUACAACGGAACAAUUAUGCACAACUAUGUAAUCCGAGCUUAAGUUAAAUUCUGAUUCUAUGACAGUUUAAGUAACAACGGAUCAGCAGGUGAUUGAAUAUAACCUACGACUGCAAAAUGGACAGAGAGAAAGAUAAAAUAGACACGAAACCGAUAAAAUAUUCUUCCAUCAAAGAUAUGGGCCUUGUGGAUCCAGAGCAACGUUUAAAGGUUCUCUCGGAUUACGGAAGUUCGAUUGAAAUAGAUAAAAAUAUUCAAGCUCGAAAAUAUUUUCGAUCAGGAGUAGAAAUGUUACGAAUGGCUGAGGUCUACAUGGAUGAAGGGAGCCUAGAAAAUGCUUACACAUUGUAUAUGAAAUUUGUGACAAUUUUUGUUGAGAAAAUAAGAAAUCACCCUCAAUAUGGUACUGUACCAACAAAGGAUCGUGUAAUGAACCAGCAAGCAUUGCGAGAAGUAUUACCAAAAGCGGAAGCUCUUAAAAAACAGUUGUUGGAGCAGUAUCGGCUGGAACUGGCUAAAUACUUGCACGAUGCUGAAGAACGAGAGAAAAUAGAGGAGGAGAGACUGAAAAAAGAAGAAUUACAAAGGUUAAAGGAAGAGGAAGAACGAAAAAAUAAAAUAGCUACUCAAAUAGCAGCAAAGGCUGCAAAAGUUGCAAUAAAUGCCGCUGCUAUAACAUUGGGUGAUGAAUCUAAAUCCAAAAAGAUAUAUCCAAUGGUAUCCAAAUCGUAUGCUGCAGUUGUAAGUGAGGAUGCACAGUCAUCUUUGGAAAAGAAAACACCAAUGAUAGAUCGUUCAACCAAACCAUCGAUGACGAUAAAUUCUAAAUAUCUUCUACGGGAUAUGAUUGUCCCGAACAGAUUGAUGCAAGAGUUUCUAACCCUAGCAUUUAAUAAUACCGUCAACAACAAGGAGACUUGUGGCGUACUGGCUGGAAAACUAGAAAGGAACAAACUGCUAGUGACACAUCUAUUAAUUCCAAAGCAGACUGGAUCACCUGACUCUUGUAUUACUCAUAACGAGGAAGACAUUUUCGAUUAUCAAGAUCAACACAACUUGAUUACACUUGGAUGGAUACAUACUCAUCCAACUCAAACUGCAUUUUUGUCCAGCGUUGAUCUCCACACUCAUUGUGCAUACCAAUUAAUGAUGGCUGAAGCAGUCGCUGUUGUUUGUGCACCAAAAUAUGACGAAACAGGACUUUUCACUUUAACUCCAGAUUACGGUUUAGAUUUUAUUGCAAGCUGUCGAGAAUCUGGAUUUCAUCCACAUCCAUCUGAACCACCACUUUAUACGAAAGCGAAUCAUUGCAAACUGGAUCCCUUAGCUUCUGUGGUUGUGGUGGAUUUGAGGAAGAAAUGACGUCUUUUUUACAUUCAACACAGAGUACUAAGUUUAGCUUUUGUAACUUUUCACUUCGGCGAUUACUUGUAGCAACGGGUUGAUUUCAAAUUAUUUCAAAUGCUCGAGCACUAUUUGCAUACAUUUCAAAAUAAGGUAACAAUCAUUAAUUUUAUAACACUACAGACCGUGGCUAUAUGCUCCGCAGCUAACAUGAUUCUUAUAUUUUAAUUAGAAAGCGCACAGUACUUUAUUACCUUGCGUUCUCUUGGAUAUAGUCAUUUUAAAUUAUUUGUCAGCAGCAAGUAGGUAAAUAUUGGAUUUAAUCAAUUAUAAUUUAUUAACAGUAA